AUGUCCUCCAGAGAAUCUCACAGCUCACACGGUCACUCUUAUCGUCACAGAACGUUGACGGGUUCUUCUUCGCGAAGUUGGGAUCCCUCUCUCCAGUCUUCAAGUGACGGCUUUCAACCGUCGCUGCUGCAGACUCAGCCUCAAGAUCAACGUAAUCUUCCUUCGGGGUUUGCCCCACGAGGUCAAUUGACUCAGAAUCGUCUUUCUGGCUACGAAAUCCCUGGCUCCGACGCAUAUCUAACCGCCCAAAUGGCUCACAACCCCCAGCACUACUCCUGGCAGAGCCAGCCUCCAGUCCUGCGAUCCCCGAUCAGCAUGGACCAGUCUUUGCCUCAUCCUCAUUCUCUCUCUCCUGGUGGCUUUCCCAUGGGAUAUGGUCAGCAAGGCGGUGCUCAGAGCUAUUUUCCCCCGACUGGCCCCUCGGCCCAGUAUCUUUCGCCUAUUCAGCCGGGUGUCUCUCAUCAGCCUCAUGGUAGAAGUCAUUCGCCUGGUGGUAGCCCUCCGGCAUUACCAGACCAAUCCUUUGUUUCACCUCCUCCCUCCUAUCUCCUAAACCAGUCAAAUUACUACCUCCCUGAAACCUCACUACCAUCCCACACCUCCUCAAUCCCCGUCAGCCCUCACCCCCCCGCCCCCCUCCCCUCAGAAACCCUCUACUCCUCGCCCGAAUCCGCCCAAGCAUCCUCAGAUCCCGAACACCAAGUCCGCGUGAUCAGUUUCCGCCCCCGCCCCCAAUGCUGGGACCACGGCUGCAACGGCCGCGAAUUUUCCACCUUUAGCAACCUCCUCCGCCAUCAGCGCGAGAAAUCAGGCGUCGUCGCCAAGGCAGAGUGUCCCAUGUGCGGUGCUGCCUUUACACGCACCACGGCGCGCAAUAUCCACGUUGCUCAGGGCAAAUGCAAAGGCGCGGGAGGGUCGGGGAGAGAGUCGUCGAAUGAGCAGUAUUAUUCGUGA